UAACGUUGCUCAUGUGACCCUAGAUUAUGAACAAAAUGGCGACAGUAGUCCAAAUGUGUUGGAAUGACUUCCUGUGCUAAGUCUGAUGCAUUAUCAGCGUGGGUAUGAAAAAAGUAUUAGUAAGGAUGACAAAGUUAUAUGCCAUAUCUGAUCUCCAUGUGGAUUACCAUGACAACUGGGAUAUUAUUGGAAAGUGGCAUAAAGAAAAGUACGGGUCGCACUGCUUGUUAUUGGCAGGCGACGUGUCGGACAAUAUAAACUUGUUGGAGAAGACUCUUCGGUUACUGAAAGAGAAGUUCUUCAGAGUAUUCUUUGUCCCAGGCAAUCAUGACCUGUGGAUUCGCAAACGAAGCAGCACCUCGGAUUCCAUUGAUAAAUUCCAUCAGAUUUUAGACUUGUGUAAAACUGUCGGUGUUCUAACAUACCCAGAGAAGAUAGCGGAUCAAUUCUGGGUUGUACCGCUUUUCUCGUGGUAUACGACACCAGAAGAAAACGUCGAAGACUCCCUCUAUGUAAGACCCACGCAAUUUGUGGAAAAUACUGAAAAAUCGAAUCAAAUCUGGAUGGACAAUCACCUGUGUAAGUGGCCGAAGUUAGACCUCAAAUCAAGAUCUGAAUAUUUUACAAACAUUAACAAGGAGAGAGUUGAUAGGACUUACGAUGCGCCAGUUAUAUCUUUUAGUCACUUCUUACCACGAAAAGAUCUUAUUAAACCCGAUGCCAGUGAAGAAUGGUUAUGUCAGCAGGAACGGCUGUCCCUAGGAUUGUCCCCAAUUAUCCCACCUGCUGAAGGGGGUGCCGUUGGGUUUAAUUUCACACGCUACGCCGGAUGCACUACUCUGGAGUCACAGAUUCGUAAGCUUGCUUCUGUAUUGCAUGUUCAUGGACAUCAGCACAGGAACCGCGACAGGGUCAUUGACGGGGUGCGGUAUGUUUCUCACUGCUUGGGUUAUACCAGGGAACGCGAGCAAGGCUAUAUGUGGGGAUUACAAGAAUGGGAAGCCGGCCCAAAGCAAGUGUGGCCACUGUAGACAGUUUUGUUUUGCGGUCCAGAAAUGUAUUUGAAGUAAAACAUUUUUCCAAUCAAGGUUUGGAAAACAAUCCUCGAAUUAUUAAGAAAUGUACUUCUGCUAGGAAAGAUAUUUGCCGAAUUUCUUCUGCAAAAGAACAUAAAAAAUGAAGAAAAUAAAGAAAUCACACAGCGACAUUAAGAUUCGUUCAAAUGCAUCAAUUAUAUAUUAUGAACUAUCUAAAAAGUAGGCCUUUUAUACAUUCAUCAUAGAUCGCAGACUGCAUUGCAUUAUUGCUUAAUGCCUAUGAUAUGAAUGUGG